GUCCGCCGCUGGUCGCUGUUCGCUGCCUUCAGAUUCUGUUAGCUAAUUGACUUUCAGUUUCAGUCGAUCGGAUUCAGAUUCAGAUUCAGUUGAUUCGGGACAAAGCGUGCAAGCGGUUGUCGUCGGUGCGCAUUAAUAUUCUUCAAUACUCGUAUAUCUCAAGAAAUCUAUAGAACGAUCUUUUGCUAAUCGAAGAAAAUAAUCCGAUGCAGAAAAAAAAUAUAUAUUUCAUCGAACGUAUUUUGAAAUAGAAUAAUUCUUAAAUUUUAAGCCUUUUCGAAAACGAUCAGGAAAUAUAUGUGCAGUGUAAGUGUUCGUUAGUGUUUAGAUCUGGAGAGUGGGUCAAAUAAAUUAAUCAAACAUUCGCCCCCGAGACCGCUGUUAAGAGGAAUUAACCGAAUAACGAUCAGUCGGAGUUAUUUUGUGGAUUAAUCGAGGAAUGCAAUCAAUUAUCCAGGAAUUGCAGUUUAAUUGAUUGAGAUAUCGUACAAAAAGAAGAGAGAGGUACAUGGUCAAUAUAAUUGUUGAAGUACAUUUUAUACAAGUGGCAAGUCUGACCAUACCGCAGCCUUAAUAAUGCUGAACCCCGCGUGAUCAGAGUACAACCAACUUGAAUUCAUAAUUUUUAUAUUUUCACAAAAAAAACAGAAAUUUAAAUAAAAUUAACUGCACUACCGACAAGAACAACAAAAUCUAACUUAAGAAUAUGAAUAAAUUAUUAGGAAUAGUCACACUAGCGAUAUGCAUCGUGAUUUCAUCGACAAGUCACCUUGACGCACGAUCAGAUGCUCCACCAGCUUCAACACGAUCUCGCGGCAUCAGCAACAAUCAUUAUCAGCUGCCACAGCAGCACCAACAGCAGCAGCAGCAUCAACUUCUGCAACAACAGCAGCAGCGAAGUCUUCAUAAUCGCAAAUCACAAUCAGCGUUGCACAGUAGGAACGCCACGACGACGACGUCAACAAAGCUAAAGGCUACGACCAAACUAGAUACCGGUGAUAGUUCACGGACAAUAGAUGGCGGUGGUGGUGCUGUUGGUGCUAGUGGUGGCGUUGGCAAUGCUGGCUCAAUUGGUGGCCGACCGUUAAGGUUGAGACGAUUGAGUUAUGAUGAAAACAGACAACACCAACAACACCGCAGGAAUAGCCAUCGGACGGGAAGGAAUUUUGAAGGCAGAAGAAGCAGCAACAGUGGCGGUAAUGGUGGUAGUGGUGGUGGCGCUUCACUAUCGCCAUCUAAUCCAAGUUGGCAAUCGCGAUACAACAUCAACAAUUUUAGAACCUACAACAACAACGGAUAUGGUCAUCCUGGAACGGUGGCAUCAGCAGUCGGAAAAGAUGAUAUAAUGCGUGACGUGGAACACAUUAAUGAAAACGACUUGGCCAGCAAUGAUUGGCUGCCAAAGGCUGAACCAGAAUUUGUAACACUGCCUCCGCCAACAACAUCAACAACGACUAUGAUGACAACUACAACGAGUACCACCACGACGGAGGGGCCAUACGGGACAGGAUUCUUUACACGCAAGAAUGGUUUUGACGGAAGAUUGGAUCCCAAAGGCCUAGAAAGCCGUCACAUCUGCGCACAGCAGCGUGCUCUGUUGGUGCCCGUUAAAACCGUCGAAGUUUACAAUCGUCCAAUGUGGAAGCACAUCAGCCACCCAUGUCCGGCGCAGACAAAUCAAUCGAAUCAAAUGUGUACACGCGUUCAGCUAGUCCAUGAGCCGGCAUAUCGUGAUAUCGUUCGUCACAAAACCACUAAGCAAAUGGUCUAUGACUGUUGUCCCGGUUGGAGCCGGAUCACCAAGAGCUCAAAUGCGUGCAUGAAACCAAUUUGCAGUGGGACUUGCCGCAAUGGUGGGACUUGCAUCGGUCCAGAAGCUUGUAGUUGCCCUCCAGGCUAUGGGGGUAAGUACUGUGAGAAGGACAUCAACGAAUGCAAUGAGGAGAAGCCAUGCGAUCAAUUGUGCUACAACACUGACGGAUCAUACUACUGUCAGUGCAGAGAGGGUUUCGUGCUUCAAUCGGAUAAACAAAGUUGUAAAAAGAUUGAUAACAACGAUGAUGACGCCUUCGAAGCCCGUGAUCUUGAGAACGAGAUUGAUUCAAAUGAAGUGACUUCACGUUUGCACAAAAUUGAAAAAUCACUUGCAAAUGAACGCAUCACUACAAAUGAACUUCAGAAGUCUUUAGAUGCCACUUAUUCUGUCGUGGAUUCCUUGAAGACGCGGCUAGUAACAUUGGAGAAACAACAGCAGGACAUGAAUCAUCUUCACAGUAACCUCGUUGCAACAGAAACCAGGACACGGAAGCUUGAAAAUAUGAUCAGUGUGCUGUUCAAGUGUCGCAAUUCACCGGGACCGUACUGCCCUUAAGAGUAUUAUAAAAAAAAAAAUCAAUUAAUGUUUUGGAUUUAGUUUUUGAAUAUUUUUUGUUUAAGAAAAAUAAAUAAUAAAAUCCUUAGCUUAUUAUAAGUUUACAAAAGUUGACAUAAAUUUAAGUAUAGUAAGUAGUUGUUGUGUAUCCCUGAUUUUAUUUUAAUGUGAUAUAUAAAUUAUAUGAAUUUUUUUUCAAACUCA